CCUCUCGCAGAGCGCGUCGCACGUCCGAGUACCGGCCGCCGCCCGUCAUCAGUCGCCGUACCGCGCAGCCACGUAACUCACCUCUUAGUUUUUAGUAGUCGGUAGUAGGGGAAGUCGCCCGCGUAUCUCGUCGCGACUCCGUGAGCGGCCAGGCAGAGGGAGCGAGAGCGAGAGCGAGAGAGAGAGGAAAACACCGAGAGACGGACCGACGGGAGCGAGGGAACGCGAGCCCGAAGGGAGGUAAACACGUUGCGAGCCGAAGAGCGGUCCCAGGAUCUUGGGAGCCGACGACGAGCACGAGCCGAGUCGGGACCCACCGCCGCUCCGCCGCCCCCCCUCGCCCCAUCGACGGCCUUGAGCUAGCACCGACGAGCAGGAGCCUUGCGCGCGCCUCGCCAUGGAGCCCCAGACCCCGGAGAUCGUGGCCAGCGGCUCGCCCGCCGAGGUGCCCAACGACCCAGGGAAAAUGUUCAUCGGCGGUCUGUCUUGGCAGACCAGUCCAGAGAGCCUUAGAGAGUACUUCACCAAAUACGGGGAAAUCACAGAGGUCAUGGUCAUGAAAGAUCCUACCACGCGACGAUCAAGGGGCUUCGGGUUCAUCACAUUUGCGGACCCCGCGAGCGUGGACAAAGUUCUGACGCAAGGCACUCACGAAUUAGACGGCAAAAAAAUUGACCCGAAAGUUGCGUUUCCCAGGAGAACACAUCCAAAGAUGGUGACGAGGACAAAGAAGAUAUUCGUCGGCGGCCUAUCGGCGCCGACGACGCUGGAGGACGUCAAGAACUACUUCGAGCAAUUCGGACCGAUCGAAGACGCCAUGCUGAUGUUCGACAAGCAGACCAACAGGCACAGAGGUUUCGGCUUCGUCACGUUUCAAAGCGAGGACGUCGUCGACAAAGUGUGCGAGAUCCACUUUCACGAAAUCAACAACAAAAUGGUGGAGUGCAAGAAGGCGCAGCCGAAAGAGGUGAUGCUCCCCGCGAACCUGGCCAAGACGCGGGCGGCCGGCAGAGGCGCAUACGAUUUUAUGUGGUCCCUGGGAGCAUUACCUGAUGGUUUCCCAGCGGCGGCGUACGCGGCAUACGCGGCAGGCCGCGGCUAUUCCGGGUACCCUAGUUUCGGACUGCCCUACCCGACAGUGGAUCUAACCAACGGGCAACUCACCCCCAACAACAACACACCCUUGCUCACGCAAGCGCUCUCUGUGAUGAACAACUACCAGGCGGCAGCGCAAGCCGGGUUCCCACCGGCAUCGCCGCACGGGGCCGGCGGGCACGGCGGACCGCAGGGCCGCUCGUUUCCCGCGGCCAACUCGCCCGGGCCCAUUGACAUGUACAGUUCGAGCGCAGCAGCCGCCGCAGCAGCAGCAGCCGCGGACUCCGCCGUCGCCAGCUACGUCCAGGCCGCAGCUAGUCCGCAGCCCCCCACCACCGCGUUUCCCGCGAUUGCCGUCUCCCGCGCCCCGCUCAACUACAGUCCCGGUCCUCUGAUACCAGCGGCAUUCACUAAUGGCUACCAUUGAGCCUCGUUAAGACCUAACGACAGGAUGGACGAGAGGGCGAUGCGCGGCACGGUCGACUGACGGCAUUACACGGAACGCGGAUCCUCGGUACUAACGUAACGACUGGCAUCUUCUGCAUAGAAGUCGAAUCGAGGAAAGCCAAACUUAAGAAGACGGAAAGGGACGUCGAGAUGCCCGAAUUUCGAUUUCCCGAGGUAAUCGCGCGCCUGUCCAAGCGUGGAGAACGAGAGAUAGAGAGAGUGGAACUGCGGUGCGCGGCGGCGUGAGCGAGGAAGAGGAGAGUAAAUGCAGGACCAGCUUCGCGAGAAUCCCGGAAGAUGGCGCUCCACCGUUGGAGUGAGAUAGGAACAGUGUCCAACACGCGUCCGGGCGGAAAAGUGAGAGGAGAGAAUAGGAGAGAUGGACAAACAGGUAGGAAAAGGGAACGAGACAGAGAAUGAAUUGAAAGAAGGCGACAAAGAGAAAGAAAAGGAAAGAGAAACGACAUGAGCUCGGCCGCGGCCGAACCUGCAAAUGGCGCCAGCCCGUUCUCCGACAUUAAUAAAUAAUAAUAUAACGAUUAAUUAAAUUAAUAAUUAUUAAUUGAUAUAUAUAUAUUAACGGUUAAGUCUAUAAUAUAUAUUAUAUAUAUAUGAUAAAUAAUUGAUAUUUACUAGAUAACAUAUGAUUAUAGCGUUUAAGUGGAAGCAGGUUAUACCGAGUCAUUCACGGUCGCGUUACGUUGGCGAAGUGGGGCGCGCGGAAGCGAGCAAAUGGCGCCCGGGAAAAGGAUCUUUCUCGAAACAGUGGAGACGUCGAUGCAAGAGAACGCGGACAACCGAGUUUAGGGAUAAUUAAGAGCUGUCGGUACCGCAUAUAACUGUGAACGGAUGUUUCCCCUCGGAUCGCAAUGGAAUUUGCCGAUUUCCUUGAAUCCACUCGCGCCAAGCGCUGCGUGGACCGGAAUUGGUCAAAACCUCGAGGGGAAUGGCCUCGUUUGCAUCGCGUGUAUCCCCCACACAGUACGUGGAAUGAUCUGCACUGUAAAAAGACAGUUCGAUGUUAAGUCCAAGUCCAAACAAUUUGUUACAUUUUGGACGGAACGUCCUACGUGAAUUUGGCCUGCUUUACCAUGUAAUAUUAACACCAACUGAUGCUAAAUUUAUAUAAAAUGAACACGAUACUUGAUCGCAGAUUAUUUGGGCUUGGGUUGACUUUUUAACAUUCGUGGUUCUAACGGCGAAUGUUUCUCAGCGUCAAAUUCAAUGACAAUUCUCUGGCACUUGAGUAGGAAUUAUUUCUCUUUUUUUACCGUGGAAUCAGGAAUCCGAUGUUCAUAGACCACGCGUUUUACAUUUUCCUUCACAUUGUACAUUUUACAAACGUUUUAUGAGCAUGUUCUGUACAGCGCCUAGUAGAAUGCGCGUUUAACUUUCUUCGUAAUAUAGCACGACAAUUACGGAACAUUCUAAUAACGACGAUGUGUACAAUAUGUCUGUACUUGUACGGGGUAUUCGUUCGUGACACCCUGCACGACUGGGUAAUAGGUUUACUGCACAUUUAUCGUAUGGUUGCUUAAACAAUGGUACGCUUUGCAUCGUAUGAAAAAUGAAUAUAUUUGUAAAAAGAAUGUUUAGCGCCCCUCUAAUUACGGGAAUAUAAGAGGGUGCUCUUUUUGAUGACAACAAUUUUAUUAUUACAAAGAAUGAGACAACGACGUACUAUAGGCACUAGGAGCCUCAUCUUUCUCGUGAUUUUCGACAUUUUCAAAGAGUUUCUUCGUAACAAGAAUACCCGUACUGUGUAGGUGGAAACGCUUAUUGCAAAUUAGGACCGCCGAAACUUCCAAUCGACGAUGCCAUCUUUCCCGGGCAUGCAGGGACGCUAUUACACUUACACGCGUUACACCUUUGGUGUCGCCCACCUCACAGGGAGAUAAGGAAAACUUCGAGGGAUAGAUGAAACAGCAGGAAGGAACAACAAUAAUUGAAUAUAAUAAUUAAAGAAUAACUUAAUGGUAGCUAUGGUAACAAUAACAGUCCACAGUCGCAAGAUCGGCUGGACUUGGAUCCGCGAUCGAAAUGGCGAAUUCGAUUAUUCGAGCUUUCUCGCCAGUUCAAAGUUAAGACUGGACACUUUUUCCAGCAGGAUAAAAGAAUAUAAAAAAAUAUAUAAAACACAAAAAUCAUUAAACACGGCUUCUCCGGUGCAGAUAAGAAAAUGGCUGACACAAAUAGGGGAAUGAGUCCAAUAAUUUCAUGAACAGUUUUCCUUUAGCGGUUUUUUUUUCAAUUUCUACAAAAAUACAGUUAUUAUGUAAUUGGACGUGAUGAUACGUUUAAAGAAUAAUGACACAGCAAGUUAUAGACGUCAUGUUAAGUCGGAAAUAUUAUCUCUCAUGUAAUUUGUUUUCACAGUGUGCCCGAUUUUACUUGAUAUACCGUUUACCUCAUUCCACGUGUUUGCCGGAAAAUUGUAUUCAUCAACUUCUGUCCUAUUGUGUCAGAAAAAGUGACCAGCCUUAUUUGAAGUCUUCCUCCUCUUCGUCUUACUUCCAUAGGCCAUUUUGUUUUUUGGUAUACAGUAAUAAGAUAUUCAAUUUAACACGUGUUCAUAUGAUGCAGUUUUAUCAUCUGUCUGGCAGAAAUUUAAUACACGUGAUAUUCUUCGGUAAAAUUAAAACUUUAUGUAAAAAGUUCAAAUUUUAUUAAUUCCAAAUUUCGAGCGAUCAUAAUUGACAUAUUUUGACUUCAAGCAGUUCUUUUUUUUUUAUCGUACAUGCCGUUACAUAGAAGACGAAGAGGGGAGAAGAUACUGGCUCGGAUGAAGUUCGAAUUAAAAUAAAAUGAACGCUCUUAAGCGACAACCAUCGUCGAAUCAAGCUGUGCAGAUUAUUGGGAAAUUAUAUUAUGGCGGACCGAUGAAGCCGCAUAAGUACUCGUUAGGUAAAUUAAUCCCUACUGAUUUGCGUAAUACUGUUAAUUAAAUAAUUGUCUGAGGAUAUCGCACCCAGUGUACCGCAGCACAGAGAAUUACACCUUAAUCUGAAGUUACUCGGUAAACUAAUGAUUUCUGGUACGUGGUAAAAUUAGAUAAUUGAUAAAUCAAAAUGUCGUCAAGUUUGUUGACAACAAAGGCAUAAAGUCGAUACAAAAAUUGCGAGAAUCUUUGCAUUGGAUUCGGCGUAUGGAUGAUUGUUCAUGUUAAAACCGUAACAUUAACACUUGUUACUACCCUGAAACCAUAACACGUCCCAUCUAUGAUGGAGACAAUACGAUAAUUUUUUCGGAACUGCAAUCGCAGGAAUUACAAUGAACACUGAUGACAUUUUGAGACAUUGAAAUUCACGUACAUAAAAUUAUAUUUGUUAAACUUAUCUUGGUACACAAGGGUGACACGUACUCGCCGGUUUUCAUAAAAUUUUGAAACAUUCGCUGUUAAAUGUGUAUUUAUUUUUUCAUGUCCAGAAGUCUUCACUUAAUCGCAUAGCCAGGAAUAGAUCAUUGCUAUUUCACGCUGAAAGAAUUUGCGCAUAUUCCACUGCGUGAUCUACUUACCUGGACUUUAGGAAGUUUCAUGGAAUGAAUUCAUGUAUGAAAAUGUUUACAAAUUUAUCCAAGAAUAUGUUCUCGAAAUUCGGAGAAAUGGACAUUAAAUCGAAAUGGGGAAUUCAAUUCAAAAUACGAUGCGUGUUAGUAGUACACUGACGAUAAAUUAAACGUAAAAUUGUACAAUGUACAAAACGAUAAUUGUGUGAUUCGCCAUCAAUUAGAAAUAUUUUCUUAGAGUUCAAUAAUAAAUAUUCAACAUUUGGAUGCAAUGGGCGCAAUUCUUACGAAAUUAACAGAAUCGUUUUCCCGGAUAAUCAAAAUGAAAACUGAAUAUUUUCUAAAUCAUUGCAAUGACUAUAAUUUCUGUUAAUUCCUAACAUUGUUUCUCAAAUUACAUAUAGAAUAUAUUCGGGAGAUUAAUUAGAAGUGCAAAAAGAUGUAAUUACAGCAGUAUUAAAUGUACUAAAAAUAUUUGGAGAUGAAUACCUAUUUAAGAUCAAAUAUCUGAAUUGAAAAAUGUAUAGCAAUCAUUCGUCAAUUCUUGAAAUCACAUGACACGACGACUGAAGAAUCACGCAAUCACAUUUUGUGAUUGUUCAUUGUAGAAUUCUAUGUUACUUUGUCGCAGUGUAACAUCGAUAUCCACAGCAAUUUCUUAACCUUAAAGCUUCGUGUAAUUUCGGCAAGAGUCUCGGUGGAACACCAACGGUGGGUAAUCGCUUGUGAGAAACGGGAGAAUAUUAAAAAAUGACCCCUUUUCCAUUACUUUUUCAUUAACCAAUGUGUAUUUAUUUGAAAUGUCAUCUCGCGAUUUUUCGCGUUUCGUCGUUCAUAUUUAUCACCACGUAUUACAAAUUUUUAACUCCUUUCUUUAAAUUUUUUAUAGAUUCACCCUUUAUUAUGAUAAAUUUAUCUGCAAUUUGCAAUAUUAUCAUAAGCUGGGUUAAUCUUAAGUCCAUAAAUAUUUCUGCCAUCGAUGAUUUCGAAGCCUUGUCACUGAACGAUCGACGGAAACAGCGAUUCGUUAAUUAACAUAAUUUACAAUCAACUAAGCAAAUGCAAAAAAGAAGUAAUAUCAAUACAAAAGAAAACCAUUGGUUUCUUCCACAGUUAUUUUACAACAAACUGCGCAAUAAAAUUCAGGGUGAUCAAAAUAAUGAGAAAACCGAAAAGAGGAAGCUCCCGUUUCUCCAGCCUCGCUCACAUCUCGUAGAAAAUCAGCUUCUGUUGAUACGAUUAUUACGAAUGUUAUGAUUAUUAAAUUUGCAGAUGACAAAUGAGAUUACUAUAAAUGAAUAUAUGUACGAUUGUCGUACGGUUAUAUUGUAUUCAACAACAGGGUAACACUCUAAAUUGGGAUAUGUGUUGGCGAAUGGCGGCCAUUUUGUUUAGUGGGUGAGCGCGACGUACAAGAAACAGUCAAUUCAUAUGUACUAGAGCAAUAUCGUGCGAUAAUUACGAGCCACGGUGCGCAAAUUAUAGCGGAGGAAACGAGAAAUAGCCUAACGCGUUUUGGACGGGUCGAUUAUACAGAAAAAGAAGAUCGGUGCAAAAGAGAUAUCGAGGAGCAGCGAUCGGACUGUGAAUCGAGUCACUCGGGAGGCCGCGAGGAAAAACAAAAUGGUGGCUACUCGGAACGCCCCAGUGCUAACGAUUAAAGCAUCUAAGGAGUCUUUACGUAUUGGACCAAGCGUGAUGUCGAGAUAAUUCCAGUCGAGACAGGGAAUUGUACAGCCGCCAGUCCAGAAAAAAAAAAAAGUAACUAAUAAUAGGGAGCGCGCGUCUUCGGGAGUAGCGAAGCGUCAGGGGCCUGAGAGGCGAAAAGCAAGAUGGCCGCCCGAAGAUCUCGGACGGAAGGGGAAAUGUUUGGGGGGUCGCGGGACGCGAGGUGAACCGGAAAUAAGUGUGGUAAUGGAAUAAUUAGGCGCGACAGCACUCAACGUUACACGUUUCACGAAUGUUUAUCGAAAAGCAAUUAUUCGUUAAGGGAACCCAUAGAGCAAGAAACAAAGCCGCGUAGCAGUAGUAGUAUCUUAAAAAGAGCCAAAAGAGAUUUAAGGGGAGCCCCGUCGAAGGGAGACGAAGAGCAACAAAAGGAUAUAACACCAGUUCGAACAAAAAAAUCGUAGUGACUGAAACUCGUCGUAGUUUUUAAGGGGGGCUCGGACCCAGGGAGAUUUUAAUGUUAAAAACCAUGCCGGACCCUGGCUAUACCAGCAGAGACCAGGGCUCGGGAAAUCGGUGUCUCGCUUCCGAAAUGUAUCGACUUCUCCCUGAUCCUAAAAGAGAUCCUGCACAAGGCCGGCCUUCUUUUUCGAGCUACUUACUAGCUAAUUCGAAAGUCUCGCUUUCGGGAGAAAGUGUAUGUAUAUCGACGCGGAUUUAACGGGACAGCGUGCCCCAGGGAUGCUUCAGAGUUGCGGGGGGUUAGGACCCCGUACGAGCCCUUUACACACCAGAUAAAUAAUUAAUACUAAUGAAAUCAUUAAAUGCCGAUCACGAUCGACUAAUUGGGGGAGAAGAGCUGUACCGUGAGGGGUAGGGAUUUACGGGGAGGAGCGACGGAGUGAAGGAUUAUAUAUAUACAUAUAUAUAUAUGUACCUACGCAUAUACAUACACAAGGGUGUCACACCUCCAUUCGACCCAUGUUCGGUUUCACCCCCUCGAGGAUCUUUUCUUAAAAUCAAUUCUCAAUGUUUCUUUACAUUUGGAAACCUAUAGAGACACUAAGGACGUCUUACUCAAAGUCGAAAAGUUAUCGCGGAACUAUAAGUGCACGUUUGUUUCGAUAGGAUGUAACAUCGAUCAUCGCAAACAAAUGUACACGUUUCGGUACUCGGUGUGACAGAGUAGUAAAUACUGCAUCAAAGAAUGAAAAUGACGAUUUUUGAGCAGUGAAUGAAAUCACUGAAACCUGUAAUUUUAUUAUCGAUACGAUGUAUGCUUUAGAAUUAAGUUAGGCCCAGUUAAAUGUUUGUUUCGAUUGUAGUUUUGAAACCAAAAUUUUAUUUUGAGCGAUACCGCGAAAUGGCACUUUAAGAGCGACUCGAUGACAUGUGGCCCGUUCGAUGAUUUUAACUUCAACUUCCCCAGUAUAAAUUGGGACUGGAAUAAUCCGGUACUUGCAAAAACAGUAAUGGGCCCUGGCCGAGGGGAGUUUUAACUCUCUUCUAACGUGGCAACUUUUUAAAAUACAUGAAUUAUAUAUUCUGUCACUUUCUAUCGAGAGAACAGAGUUUGGAACGAAGUAACCUUCUUAAAAGCGAACUCCUCGGUACGAGCUGAAGUUUCAAACUCUUCUCCCGGAAGUAAAAUUUUCCACCGACGCUCUCAUAGUUAAUUAAUUCCCAUGCAAAUCCUUCAUCAACAAGUAAAGUCAAACGUACCGUCGAGCUUCAGCUCGUUGUUACGUCUGAAGUUAGCGGCCCGAAUUUCAAGGUUUCAGAGAUUUCAUGUCUCGCUUCUAGGAACGGAAGAGAAAAGGAAAUGUCAGCACUUAUGGUUGAAAAUGUUCAUUCUCUCCCUCGAUUAUUUUCAAAGCUCGAAUCACCCCUGGUGACACGCUCCCUUUGUGGAGGACUUGGCGCAAAAGCUGAAGGAGAGCUCUUCGCGACUCCACGAGUAGCCCGAAGAGCUGUUCCUGCCUCCUCGAUGGCGAGCGAUGCAUACAGAGAGAAGUCAUCUCAAGGAAGUAGAACCACGUAUAACGAGUGUUUAUUAAACCAGAGA